UCGGCGGCGAUGGCGGCGGUGGCUCCGCUGGCUCCGCUCGCCCCGGGCCCGGCUCCGUCCCUUUGUCGCUCGGUGCAUUGGUUCCGCCGCGGGCUGCGCCUCCACGAUAACCCGGCGCUGCAGGAAGCGCUGCGGGACGCUGCCUCCCUCCGUUGCAUCUAUAUCCUGGACCCUUGGUUCGCCGCCUCCUCCGCCGUGGGCAUCAACCGCUGGCGGUUUCUGCUCCAGUCUCUGGAAGAUCUGGACAACAGUUUAAGGAAACUCAACUCUCGCUUGUUUGUCGUGCGAGGGCAGCCAACAGAUGUCUUUCCCAGACUCUUUAAAGAAUGGGGAGUCACUCGUCUCACCUUUGAGUACGACUCGGAGCCGUUCGGCAAGGAGAGAGAUGCAGCUAUUGUCAAACUGGCCAAGGAGGCUGGCGUGGAGGUGGUGAUAGAGAACUCCCACACCCUCUAUGACCUGGACAGAAUAAUUGAGCUGAAUGGCCACAAGCCACCCCUCACCUACAAGCGCUUCCAGGCCAUCAUUAGCCGUAUGGAGCUCCCAAAGAAGCCCGUGAGCACCAUAAUGAGCCAGCAGAUGGAGACGUGUAAAGUGGACAUCCAGGAGAACCAUGAUGACGUGUAUGGAGUCCCAUCCCUGGAAGAGCUGGGCUUUCCUACGGACGGUCUGGCCCCUGCAGUUUGGCAAGGAGGGGAGACAGAAGCCUUGGCGCGGCUGGAUAAACACUUGGAAAGAAAGGCAUGGGUUGCAAAUUACGAAAGACCGAGGAUGAACGCCAACUCGUUGCUGGCCAGCCCUACAGGCCUCAGUCCCUACCUGCGCUUCGGCUGCUUGUCCUGCCGCUUGUUUUACUAUCGUCUCUGGGAGCUGUAUAAGAAGGUAAAGCGGAACAGCACGCCGCCCCUCUCUCUGUACGGGCAGCUUCUGUGGAGGGAGUUUUUCUACACAGCAGCCACAAACAACCCAAAGUUUGAUCGAAUGGAGGGGAACCCCAUCUGCAUCCAAAUUCCCUGGGACAGGAACCCUGAAGCCUUGGCAAAGUGGGCAGAGGGCAAGACAGGCUUCCCUUGGAUCGAUGCGAUCAUGACCCAACUGAGACAAGAAGGGUGGAUCCACCAUCUGGCCAGGCACGCCGUAGCCUGCUUCCUGACCAGGGGCGACCUCUGGAUCAGCUGGGAGUCAGGAGUCAGGGUAUUUGACGAGCUGUUGCUGGAUGCGGAUUUCAGCGUAAAUGCAGGCAGCUGGAUGUGGCUUUCAUGCAGUGCAUUCUUCCAGCAGUUCUUCCACUGUUACUGCCCCGUGGGCUUCGGACGUCGCACAGACCCCAGUGGUGACUACGUUAAGAGGUAUCUGCCCAAACUAAAGGGCUUCCCCUCGAGAUAUAUCUACGAACCAUGGAACGCCCCAGAGUCUGUGCAGAAGGCAGCCAAGUGCAUCAUUGGGGUGGACUACCCCAAACCCAUGGUGAACCACGCGGAGACCAGCCGCCUGAACAUCGAACGCAUGAAGCAGAUUUACCAGCAGCUGUCACGCUACAGGGGGCUCUGUUUACUGGCAUCAGUCCCUUCAUGUGUGGAAGAUCUCAGUGGCCCAGUGCCAGACUCUGCUUCGGGGCAGGGCUGCAGCACCAGUACAGCGAUGAGGCUGUCGCAAGCAGACCAGGCUUCUCCGAAGCGCAAACACGAGGGAGCAGAAGAGCCGUGUGCUGAAGAACUCUACAAACGAGCCAAAGUGACAGGUCUCCCCGCUCCAGAGAUCCCUGGCAAGAGUUUAUGAUUCCAGCAGCGAGCACCUUGCAAGCGAAGAGCGAGAGCGCUGAAGAGGUGCCCCGAGGAGUAGGGACUGCUGCCGCAGAGGGAAUGGAACUUGUGAUCCACAACAGAAAAAUCUGAGGGUCUCAUAAAAAUGUGUAAUUCUAGUAGCUGCCACACAAGGGCACUGCAUUACUUGUGCUUGGGAAUAUUUGGCUUUCUGCUCUCCAGAGAGCCAAAUACGUCUCCUCCUAGCCAUGGCCAAAGUCUGCCCACAUUUAAGGGGGGCAAGAGGCUUCUAUCACCUUGUUCACUCCCUCACUCCCAGGUGUAUCUUUCUUUUCUGACAACGGAUCAGUGCAUGUGACUUGAUGCAUUGAUGUAAGGAGCAGUGGCUGCUCAUCUGUUGGGUUGGAACAUAAGAGGUUCCACUCAAAUAUGAGGAGAAACUUCUUCACGGUGAGGGUGGCAGAGCCCUGGAACAGGCUGCCCAGGGAGGUUGUGGAGUCCCCUUCCUUGGAGAUUUUCAAGCCCCGCC